CUGCGCCGCCGCUAACCGGGCGCGCGCGGGGCAGCGCGGACGCGAGUCGGGCCGAGGGUGACGGGAGGUCGCCGGGCCUCCCGCGCCGCCGCCCCUUGCCUGACGCACGGAGGGGCCGGGACGCGAUUUGCCGCGAGUGACUGGAGCCGCUGCCGCCGCCACCGCCGCCCGGGCCCGCUCCGCCCUCAGUCCGCCUUCCUCCCGCCUCGCCCUCCGCCUCCGCUCGCGCCUUGCUCGCGUCCCCGCGUCCUCCCCACCGCCCCGGAACGGCGGGCCGCCAGCGCCAGCGCCAGCCAGAAAGGAAAAUUUACUAGAGGAAGUUUACUGGAGUAAAAUGGAGGCCUCAGUAAUAUUACCCAUUCUGAAGAAAAAACUAGCCUUCCUUUCAGGAGGAAAGGACAGACGAAGUGGCCUCAUUCUGACAAUUCCAUUAUGCCUGGAACAGACAAAUAUGGAUGAGCUGAGUGUCACCUUAGACUACCUACUCAGCAUUCCAAGUGAAAAGUGUAAGGCUAGAGGAUUUACCGUGAUUGUGGAUGGCAGAAAAUCCCAGUGGAAUGUGGUGAAAACAGUAGUCUUAAUGCUACAGAAUGUUGUUCCAGCUGAAGUGUCCCUUGUUUGUGUAGUGAAACCAGAUGAAUUCUGGGAUAAGAAAGUAACACAUUUUUGUUUUUGGAAAGAAAAGGAUAGACUUGGCUUUGAGGUUAUUUUAGUGUCUGCCAAUAAAUUGACUCGUUAUAUAGAACCAUGCCAGUUAACAGAAGAUUUUGGUGGGAGUCUCACCUAUGAUCAUAUGGACUGGUUAAAUAAGAGGCUGGUUUUUGAGAAGUUUACAAAGGAAUCUACAUCAUUAUUAGAUGAACUUGCUUUGAUUAACAAUGGAAGUGAUAAAGGAAAUCAGCAAGAGAAAGAAAGGUCUGUGGAUUUAAACUUUCUUCCAUCAGUUGAUCCUGAAACUGUUCUUCAGACAGGACAUGAAUUGUUAUCUGAACUACAGCAGCGUCGAUUUAAUGGCUCAGAUGGAGGGGUCUCGUGGUCUCCUAUGGAUGAUGAACUGCUUGCACAGCCACAGGUUAUGAAAUUAUUAGAUUCACUGCGAGAGCAAUAUACCCGCUACCAGGAAGUUUGUAGGCAACGUAGUAAGCGUACACAGUUAGAAGAGAUUCAACAGAAGGUGAUGCAGGUUGUGAACUGGCUUGAAGGGCCUGGAUCAGAACAGCUGAGAGCCCAGUGGGGGAUUGGAGACUCCAUUCGGGCUUCCCAAGCCCUACAGCAGAAGCACGAAGAGAUCGAGAGCCAGCACAGUGAAUGGUUUGCAGUUUAUGUGGAACUUAAUCAGCAAAUUGCAGCACUCUUAAAUGCUGGGGAUGAGGAAGAUCUUGUGGAACUGAAGUCGCUGCAGCAACAACUUAGUGAUGUUUGUUAUCGACAGGCCAGUCAGUUGGAAUUUAGGCAGAAUCUCUUACAAGCAGCUCUUGAAUUUCAUGGUGUUGCCCAAGAUUUGUCUCAGCAGUUGGAUGGCUUAUUAGGGAUGUUGUGCGUAGAUGUAGCACCAGCUGAUGGAGCAUCGAUUCAGCAAACUUUAAAACUGCUUGAAGAGAAGCUGAAAAGUGUUGAUGUAGGAUUGCAAGGUUUGCGUGAAAAAGGUCAAGGUCUUCUGGAUCAGAUCUCCAAUCAGGCAUCCUGGGCCUAUGGAAAGGAUGUAACCAUUGAAAAUAAAGAAAAUGUGGACCACAUACAAGGAGUGAUGGAAGAUAUGCAGCUUAGGAAACAAAGAUGUGAAGACAUGGUAGAUGUGCGAAGAUUAAAGAUGCUUCAGAUGGUGCAGUUGUUUAAAUGUGAAGAAGAUGCUGCCCAGGCAGUAGAAUGGCUAAGUGAACUUCUGGAUGCUCUUCUUAAGACCCACAUCAGAUUGGGUGAUGAUGCUCAGGAAACGAAAGUCCUACUGGAGAAGCAUAGAAAAUUUGUUGAUGUUGCACAGAGCACUUAUGACUAUGGAAGACAGUUGCUACAGGCCACAGUUGUGCUGUGCCAGUCUUUGCGCUGCACCUCUCGAUCAUCUGGGGAUACACUUCCUCGACUGAACAGAGUAUGGAAACAAUUUACAAUAGCAUCUGAAGAGAGGGUACAUAGGCUGGAAAUGGCUAUUGCAUUUCACUCAAAUGCUGAAAAGAUUUUGCAAGACUGUCCAGAAGAGCCUGAAGCUAUUAAUGAUGAGGAGCAAUUUGAUGAAAUUGAAGCAGUUGGGAAAUCCCUUUUAGAUAGACUAACUGUUCCUGUGGUUUAUCCUGAUGGAACUGAACAAUAUUUUGGGAGUCCAAGUGACAUGGCUUCUACUGCAGAACACAUCAGAGACAGGAUGAAACUAGUUAGUCUCAAAAGGCAGCAGCUGAGACAUCCCGAAAUGAUGACUACAGAGAGCUAAUAGCUGCCUUCUUCCCGCAGAUCUGCAGUUCAUAAUCCCACAUGUCGUUGGCAUACUGCAGCAUUAGCUACGAUAUGUUAAGAUGCAUUUCACAGCCAGGAUAAGCCUCAUUUCUUUCCAUUACACACUUCUCUCCACAUGUUAACAUCUUGUAACUACCAAGCAGAAUUAUUUAACAUGCUUUGAGACCAUAGACUCCAAGUAUCUUAAAAGAAGGAACUGUAAACAUUGCACUGAAAACUUGCUUUAAAGCUUUACCUGACCUGUCAGUUUGUAGAUGAAUAACUGAUAAUAAGCUUUGAAUGGUGCUAAUAAGAGUUUAGAACUUCUCUCUAUAAAAAAUGGUUGCCCUUCCUCCCCAAGUGAUGUAGUAAAUUUAGACUAUAGUUAAACUGUUAUUAGUAGACAGUGGUGUCCUCAAAAUUUUACUUUGUAAUUCUCCUUCAAAAUUGAGUAUUUUUAUUGUGUCAGUAUGAAGAAAACCUUCAGAUUUUUGAUAUAUCAUAUUCAUUAAAAAACAUUUUCCUAUUUGUAUUGAUAAUGUAUAAAAGUUGUUUGUGCUUAAUAAAAGGAUUCUUUUAAACAUCUUA